AUGAGUGAGAAGCUUCGCCAGGAUGCGCUAGCAGCGGAUUCUGCAGAGAAUAGAAGAGGAAUGGCGGCGGCGGCUAUUCCGGGGGAUGGGGAUGAGAGUAGUUCAGGCGGAGGGAGUCCUGGAGAGUUGGUUCAUAGAGGGACUCAGGCGACUAUGAUGUCUGUGAGUCGGGUGAAUAACCGGUCGAGUUUCAAGCUGACGACGUCGCAGCUUGGGGAGUUGCACGAUCCCAAAUCUUUGAGUGCUUUUAAUAAUAUAUUUGACAACAAGGAGGAGAACUUGUACGCAUAUUUGCAGACCGAUAAGGAUAAGGGGCUCACGAUCCAGGAUGAGGAUAUCGAGGGUCUCGAGAGGACACAGGUAUAUGGGUUGAACAGGCUUCCUACGCGUAAGGGGAAGUCAUUUCUACGGCUCGCGUGGGAAGCGUUCAACGAUAAGACGAUGAUUUUGCUUACGGUUGCUGCGGUGAUUUCGUUUGCGCUUGGGUUGUACGAGACGCUAGGUCAGCCAGCUGAGUACGAUGCCGAGGGGAACAAGAAGGUCAAGGUGGAGUGGGUCGAAGGUGUGGCCAUUAUGAUUGCUGUUGUUGUGGUGGUGUUGGUUGGAGCUGUGAACGAUUAUCAGAAGGAGAUGCAGUUUGCCAAGUUGAACAAGAAGAAGGACGAUAGAGAAGUGGUGGUAAUACGGAACGGGGACGAGCAUCUCAUCUCGAUCCACGACUUGUUGGUUGGUGAUAUUGUGUCGUUGCAGACUGGUGAUGUGGUGCCUGCUGAUGCGAUCUUGAUUUCCGGGACGUGCGAGUGCGAUGAGUCAGCGUUGACGGGUGAGUCGGACACGAUCAAGAAGGUGGCCUUGAAGCCAGCUUUGGAGAAGUACAACGAGAUAUUUGACGUGGACCCCUCGCUCGACGUUGGUAACCGUUACGAGGGCGACAGGAUCCCAGACCCGCUCCUCAUUUCGGGCUCAAAGCUUUUGUCCGGGCUCGGACACGCUGUUAUCACCGCCGUUGGUGUCAACUCUGUGCAUGGGAGAACCAUGAUGGCGUUGAACGUGGAAUCGGAGUCCACCCCGUUGCAGGAAAGAUUGUCCAAUUUGGCGGACAACGUCUCGAUUUACGGGUCCAUGGCCGCUCUCCUUUUGUUUAUUGUGCUUUUCAUCAGAUUCUUGACAUACUUGCCCAGUGGGAAAAAAUAUAGCGACUUGUCGCCCGCGCAAAAGGGUACCAAGUUUAUGCAUAUUUUCAUUACCGCGGUUACUGUGAUUGUGGUUGCUGUGCCGGAAGGUCUACCGCUUGCCGUUACAUUGGCCUUGGCGUUCGCAACAACUAGAAUGACAAAAGACGGUAACUUGGUUAGAGUGCUACGUGCUUGUGAGACAAUGGGUUCGGCAACUGCAGUUUGCUCGGAUAAGACAGGUACGUUGACGGAAAACAAGAUGACCGUCGUCAAGGGUUACAUUGGUGAUACCACCUUCGACGACACUGUUAACGCAGAAAACAAAGAAGUCGCAUCGGAUGCAGUGUUCCAGAAUGAUUGCAACGCAGCUGUUCUGAACGAUCUCUUGACUAACAUAUCUUUGAACUCUACUGCUUUCGAAAACAAGCAAAAUAAGGACAACGGCGACCAGGAAGUCACUGAGAACCCUUACCACAAGAGCCGCAAGAGAAGAUUCCCAUGGAGUCGUAACAACAGGGCCCAGGAGUUGAUAGAUAAUGCUUUGAAAGAAGUUAGCGAACCAUUUAUUGGUUCAAAGACCGAAACUGCAUUGUUGAGUCUUGCGAAGAAAUCUUUGGGUAUGUCGGACUUGCACAAUUUGAGAGACCAUCCAGAAUCCCUAGGCGUGGAAGAAGUGGUUCAAAUUAUUCCAUUCGAAAGUUCAAGGAAAUGGGGUGCCAUUGCAGCAAGAUUAAAGGACAACGCGGGUUACAGACUUUACGUUAAAGGUGCUGCUGAAAUCUUAUUGAAGCAGUGUUCUCAGAAGAGAAACUCGGACAACUCUGUUACUCCUAUGACUCAAGCUGUUUUUGACGAGUGUGGUAAGCGUAUCCAAGACAUGGCUUCCCAAGCCCUUAGAACGAUCUCUUUGGCUCACAAAGACUUUACGCAAUGGCCUCCAAAGGAAUUCACAGAUAGCGUCGAUCCAACUUUGGCCACUCCGGAAAUUGUCACAGGUGUGAAGGUAGACCGUAACUCUCCAGAAAAGGACGGAUUUGUUCUUGACGCGAUGGUUGCGCUCCAAGAUCCUCUACGUGCUGGUGUAAAAGAAUCUGUUGAACAGUGUCAAAGAGCCGGUGUUACUGUCCGUAUGGUUACCGGUGAUAAUAUUUUGACUGCAAGAGCCAUUUCCAGAAACUGUAGCAUUCUUUCAGAAGAAGAAUUCAACGAUCCAGAAUGUGCCAUGGAAGGUCCAGAGUUCCGGAAAAUGCCUUACAAGAAGAUGUUGCGUGUUGUUCCAAAACUAAGGGUCUUGGCUAGAUCAUCACCAGAGGAUAAGAGAAUAUUGGUGGAAACUUUGAAGAAGAUGGGUGAGGUUGUUGCUGUUACUGGUGAUGGUACCAACGAUGCCCCAGCUUUGAAGUUAGCAGAUGUUGGUUUCUCCAUGGGUAUUGCUGGUACUGAAGUUGCCAGAGAAGCUUCCGAUAUCAUCUUGAUGACCGAUGACUUCUCAGCUAUUGUCAAUGCCAUCAAAUGGGGUAGAUGUGUUGCCGUCUCGAUCAAGAAGUUUAUCCAAUUCCAACUUACCGUUAACAUUACUGCUGUUAUCUUGACUUUUGUUUCUGCUGUUGCUUCUUCUGAAGAAGCUUCCGUGUUGACUGCAGUGCAGUUGCUAUGGGUUAACUUGAUUAUGGAUACUUUGGCCGCUUUAGCUCUUGCUACAGAUAAACCAGAUGAAUUUAUCUUGGACAGAAAACCAAAAGGUAGAGAUGCUCCAUUGAUUGCUGUGUCUACUUGGAAGAUGAUUUUGGGUCAAGCCACUUUACAACUUACUGUUACGUUUGUCUUGCAUUUCCGUGGUAAACAUAUUUUCUUCCCUCAUCACGAUAAGAUUACUGGCCAUCAACAAGAACAAUUAGACGCCAUGACAUUUAACACAUUUGUGUGGCUACAAUUCUUCAAGUUGAUUGUGACCAGAAAGCUCGAUGAGGCAGACGGUAUUAAAUCAUUCAGAGAAAGAUUAACUGCUAACAAUUUGAACUUCUUCCAACACUUGUUCAGAAACUAUUAUUUCUUGGCCAUUGCAGUUCUAAUUGGUGCUUUCCAAAUUUUGAUUAUGUUUGUUGGUGGUGCAGCUUUCUCUAUUGCCAGACAAACACCUGCAAUGUGGGCUACGGCUAUCAUUUGUGGUCUCUUAUCUCUACCUGCAGGUGCAUUUAUAAGAGCAUGUCCAGACGAAUGGGCUCUAGCUAUCUACCCAAGAAGAAUUGUUCGUCCAAUCCUUUACGUUAUUGGUCUUGAGUUCAUCUUUAACAGAAACAAGAACAAGAAGAGAGAUGACCACGAAGAAGAUGAAGAAGCUUCGCUUUUGGUAGACCACAGUGAUGAACAAGGUCUUGUUGAAACAAGCGCUUUUAGACGUGCCAAGUCUGAAAUGCUAACUCACAAGGAACAUCCACACAGCUCGGAAUCUUCCAAGUUCAAUCCAUUCUCUGUUAUCAAGAGAUGGAGAAAUUCUACCGAAGAGGAUAACGAAUCCGAUGAUGACCACUCAUUAAUUGCUUCGGUAACUAUGGUGCCUACCCUUGUGGGAGGCGCAGUCGGUGGAUUUUCUCAUAUUACGGAUGCCCAUAAGAGUGAUUCUACUAAAGAGGAAAAAACUACAGACUGA